AUGGCCGAAGAAUCGGUGCUGGUUUUGGCUAAGUUCAUGAAACCACCAUAUGUUUCAUUUCCAGAAGUAGUUGUUGGCGGAGUCAGGUUCGUGGAAUUAUCAGUGGUAAACGAAGCCUCUUUCAACGUUACCGUGAAGGUCGAGAAAUUUCCAUGGAAAAGGGGUGACUUGACUGUCUCCCGCACCGAAUUUGGAGUUUGCGCCAACGGGAAAGAAAACCUGACUUUUACCUGGCGCCCGAUGACCGAUGGCAACAUGCGAGAAACAGUGUUGUUUUACGUCAGCAGCUCCAUGGGCAUCGGCUUCAAGGUUCAGGCAAUUCUCCUGGGCAGUUGUAGCUGUGCCGAAGAUACGACAAAUAAAGAGUCAUUGGUUAAAAUGCGUAAGCGAAUGGCAUCGAAGUGUGAAACGGCGCUCACCGCUACGAAAAGAAGGCGGUAUCUUAAGCAAGAAUCUGCGGUUCGUCAGCCGUUUUCUAGCGUCCAAAAUUCAGGUAAGCUAAUUUGUAUGCGUUUAUAAGC